UACCAAUACUGGCUUGCGGAGGUGAUGACUGCAAAAUAAGUUUGUUUAUACAGCAGAAUGGUCAGUUUCAGAAAACUUUAAUACUCCCUGGCCAUGAAGAUUGGAUAAGAGGCAUUGAAUGGGCAGUCUGUGGUGAAGACCUUUUCUUAGCAAGCUGUGCUCAGGAUUGUUUGAUAAGAAUUUGGAAAGUGUGUACAAAAUCAAAGCAAAUUCCAGAAACUGAAGAUGAUUCCAUAAGACUGAAAGAGAAUGUUUUUACUGUCAAAGAUAUUGAUACAACAUAUGCAAUUACUUUGGAGUCGGUGUUGGCUGGUCAUGAAAACUGGGUGUAUGCAGUUCACUGGCAACCUUCAUUUUCCAAAGAUGGCAGCAUGCAACAACCAAUGAGGAUAUUGUCUGCGUCAAUGGACAAAACUGUGAUCAUCUGGGAACCUGAUAAGGAGUCUGGAGUCUGGCUAGAACAG